UUAGUAUACUAACUUCUAAACACGGCUGGUACGAAUUAAAUAGGUGUGUGGUUAGGAUGUGAUGUAAUAAUAUUCCACGCUGGCGAAGAAAUCAUAAUGGUCGCGGAUAUCCUGCACUCUCUAGCCAACAACACCGACGACUCGGAUGGCGUAGCGCAGCUCGUCGUGACGGCACUUGGAUCCGGUGGGCAGCACUACAUCUGCUGGAAAACUCAUUCGGGUGAAUACAGGCAGCGAUCUCAUGGCCUUCCAAGGCGCUUAGAGGAUUGGCUGUUUCCAGUCGAUGGUAGCACGAGAGACUUUGAGACUUUACAGGUGGUACUCUCGGGAGAGGACACAUUCUGGGCGUCAGAUAGGAAUGGCGAAGUUCGGAGCGAACCUGCGGGUCCCCAGCAACAGAUGCUCCGACGAGCUCUGACAUUUAAUGGCGGAAGCCCUUCUCCGGGGACCAAACGACGGAUGAGCAGGGCGCGAGAGCUAUCAGGAGGCGAUACGGAACGGCCACGAUCGAGCACGUUACCGUCUAUGUCACCGACAGUCGAUCAUCUACCCGGGCCUCAUCUGAAACCAGCGCCGGCAGCCCAUAUCCGGUCAUCGUCUGCGGACAAGCUACGCCGGAUCUCUCUCGUGCCAAUUGCUUUCCACCAACGGGGACGAUCCUGGGCCACGCGCCCACGCAGUUUGGUAUACGGCGGUGAAGAUUUAGGUGUGCUUAAAGAGCAGCCGAGUCCGCAAGGGGCAGACGCUCCGCCAACGCCAGUGAAAUCUGCAACUUCGACAGGCACCAAGGCUCCGGGUAGUCAUUGCACCUGCGGUUAUCACAAUAGAGGCACUGCGAGUGUACAUAAACCUGGAUUAACCACGAACGUUAAACCCAGGACGAGCUAUGCGGACGCCAGCGUCCAAACAGAUCCUAUACCCGACCCAGAAGUAGACGAAUUCGGUCCAAAUCGGCAUAAAAGUCCUAGCCACCACCGUCGACGGGAAUCUUCCUAUUCUGCUACAAGCACAAUCGACUCCUUUAACUCGUCAUCUUAUCCUAACAGUAAGCGUUCGAGCAUCGAAACAGUUACGACACAGCCCGACCUCGAAGACUGCAAUCUAGAUCCCAAGGGAAAAUAUAACGGAAGAAGAUGGCAACAGCGGCAACAGCAAUGGGAACAACUGUCAAAUCCCGUGGCAAUGGGUCGGAUGCAGGCCUAUUUCCGCUCCUCAACAUACAUACUCGGGGCCGCUCUUCAGCCUCAGGGGCUGGCAUAGGGUAAAUGUGAUUUCGUACUUGCGUGCGAAUAAAACGUUAUCUAUGGGGGCGGGCGCUUCUUUUAUUACUAUAUAUAUAUUAAUUACCGGCUUUCUUGGGGGCUUUGCAUACCUAUAUACAAAGAUAGAUAAAAAUCCGGCAACUAGCUAUGGAUUAC